GGAAAGAUGCAGGGGCAUGUCUAGAGUAUUUUAUAUUUGGUGCCAGCUACACUUGUAUCCUCCUGUUUAAUAUAGCCCAGAAGUGCUAAAGACCAAAGCAUUAAGGUAAAGAUGCCCCACAAGAUUCUGUAUGCGCUGCUGCUUCUCCUGCUCAGCUGUGACUGCAUUGCUGAGGUCCAGCUGGAAGGGAAUGAAGUGGAGGCUGAAGGGACCGAGCAAUUAAAGGUGGAAAAAAGACAAGCUGAAGGGACCGAGCAAUUAAAGGUGGAAAAAAGAGACGCUGAAGGGACUGAGGAUUUAAAGGUGGAAAAAAGAGACGCUGAAGGGACUGAGGAUUUAAAGGUGGAAAAAAGAGACGCUGAAGCGACUGAGGAAUUAAAGGUGGAAAAAAGACGAGCUGAAGGGACUGAUGAAUUAAAGGUGGAAAAAAGACAAGCUGAAGGGACUGAGGAUUUAAAGGUGGAAAAAAGAGAUGCUGAAGCGACUGAGGAAUUAAAGGUGGAAAAAAGAGAUGCUGAAGCGACUGAGGAAUUAAAGGUGGAAAAAAGACGAGCUGAAGGGACUGAGGAAUUAAAGGUGGAAAAAAGACAAGCUGAAGGGACUGAGAAUUUAAAGGUGGAAAAAAGAGAAGCUGAAGCGACUGAGGAUUUAAAGGUGGAAAAAAGAGAUGCUGAAGCGACUGAGGAUUUAAAGGUGGAAAAAAGAGAUGCUGAAGCGACUGAGGAUUUAAAGGUGGAAAAAAGACAAGCUGAAGGGACUGAUGAAUUAAAGGUGGAAAAAAGACAAGCUGAAGGGACUAAGGAUUUAAAGGUGGAAAAAAGAGAUGCUGAAGCGACUGAGGAAUUAAAGGUGGAAAAAAGAGAUGCUGAAGCGACUGAGGAAUUAAAGGUGGAAAAAAGAGAAGCUGAAGCGACUGAGGAUUUAAAGGUGGAAAAAAGACGAGCUGAAGGGACUGAUGAAUUAAAGGUGGAAAAAAGACAAGCUGAAGGGACUGAAGAUUUAAAGGUGGAAAAAAGAGAUGCUGAAGCGACUGAGGAAUUAAAGGUGGAAAAAAGAGAUGCUGAAGCGACUGAGGAUUUAAAGGUGGAAAAAAGACAAGCUGAAGGGACUGAUGAAUUAAAGGUGGAAAAAAGACAAGCUGAAGGGACUGAAGAUUUAAAGGUGGAAAAAAGAGAUGCUGAAGCGACUGAGGAAUUAAAGGUGGAAAAAAGACAAGCUGAAGGGACUGAGGAAUUAAAGGUGGAAAAAAGAGAUGCUGAAGCGACUGAGGAAUUAAAGGUGGAAAAAAGACAAGCUGAAGGGACUGAGGAAUUAAAGGUGGAAAAAAGAGAUGCUGAAGCGACUGAGGAAUUAAAGGUGGAAAAAAGAGAUGCUGAAGCGACUGAGGAAUUAAAGGUGGAAAAAAGAGAUGCUGAAGCGACUGAGGAAUUAAAGGUGGAAAAAAGAGAUGCUGAAGGGACUGAGCAAUUAAAGGUGGAAAAAAGACGUGCUGUUUCAGCUCGGCCCUACAUCCAUAAAGGCAUCCACUCUGAGCUGGAAGAGCUGAAAUCUACCGUGAGUAAUCUGAAGUAUAAACUACAGGCCACUGAGGAACAGCUGAAACAGCUCAGGAGAAACGAAUAUAAAGUGGCAUUUGGUGCCACACUUGGAUCAAUAGGUACCUUUGGACCCUUCAACACUUCAGUCACCCUGGUUUACAGUAAUGUCUUUGUGAAUGAGGGCAGAGCUUACAACCCAAACACUGGUAUCUUCACUGCACCUGUAAAAGGGGCCUAUUUCUUCAGUUUUUCUGUACAUAACCGCUCAUCUAAAGUUCUGAAUUUAGCACUCUUUAAAAAUGGACAACAAAUGUUAAUGGUUUACAGUAAUCCUCUUGGUGACCGCUAUGAAUCAAGCGCUGAUUCAAUCUCUCUGACUCUAGAGAAAGGAGAUAAUGUCUAUAUGCGUCUCCGUGAGAAUUCAUGGGUCUUUGAUAAUGGAAAUCAACUCAAUUCAUUUGUUGGGCAUUUACUUUUCCCUCUUUGACAAUCUUACUAAAUUCAUGAAGCACAAAGUCAUAACCAACGUUCUUUUGCUUGCAAGACUAAUAUUUUAUUAUGGUAUGUUCUCAUAUGCAAAUUUCUAAAUUCACUUCUGCCUAGUGAUAGAGGAGGGGAAUUUCUGAGAAAAAAGAUUAUAUAGGCCUAAUCAUAAAUUGCUACAUUGCUCUUUGCUCAUGUCUCUAUCCUAUAUAAACUGUUGUAAUAUUUUUGCUAAUGGGUUUCUCUGUGUGAGAUACUCCCGACCAUGAAUAAAGCAUAUCAAAGGCA